AUGAAGCAAGUUGGUAAGUCUGAAUGGAGGGAGAAGUGGAGAAGCUUCACAGCGUGCAGCGCACAGUCCAGCAUCGCUUCUUGGGCACUUCGCUCCUCCUUCAGAGAUAUCUUGACUGUGGACUGUUUUAGAAUAAUGGUUGAAAAUAUUGAUGAACAAUUAAGUAAUAUGAACAGUCAAUAUGAUGUUUCUAAUCUAAAUAGUCUACCAUCACCUGAAGAUAUCAAUGAAAUUCCCGAAUUACAAGCCAAUAUUAUCAAAGGCCCCUAUGAUAGUCCUUCACAUUAUUUAAAUAUUCAUUUUAAAUUACUUAAGGAAGAUUUUGUUAGUAAUUUACGUAAUGGUUUACAAGAAUAUAAAGCUAAUUUGGAGGAAAAUAAUGCUUUUCAAAUCAAAGAUCUUUUUGUCUAUGAUGCACUUUAUUGUGGACUAAUCAAUCAUAGUAGAAAAACUAACUUGGCUAUUAGUUUUGAGAUUGAUAAUGAGAAACUGAAAAAAGUAGAUUGGGCCACAUCAAAACGAUUAAUUUAUGGAUCGCUGCUCCUUAUAUCCAAUGACAAUUUUAAAACUUAUUAUUUAACACUACUUGACGGCAAAAAAACUCCAGAAAGUGGUGAUAAAAAUUUUGUGAUUUCGACUUUAGUUGUGGAUAAGUUUAUUAAAUUAAAAAAAUAUACCAAGUGCUCCAUUAUUGAAUCAAAAGUAUUUUUUAACCCAUAUUUCCAUGUAUUAAAAGCAAUAAAAAAAAUACAUCUAAAUAAUUUUCCAAUGGAUAAAUAUAUUAUUCAAGCUUGUACUGAAUUAAAUCCACCAGGUUACUUAAACAAUGAAACCAAUUAUUUGAUAGAAGGAAAUGAAAUAAAUAUCAAUAACAUUACCUCUUAUGAAAACCCUAAAAUAUUUGGUUUAAAUGAAUUCCAGAUAUCAGCCUUGCAAGCAGCACUAACUAAAGAGUUUGUUAUAAUCCAAGGACCUCCAGGUACCGGAAAAUCCUAUUUAGGCUUGAAAAUAAUUAAUAUUCUUCUAAAUAAUAGUUCAGUUUGGAAAAAAGAUGAAUCUCCUAUUUUAGUCAUUUGUUGCCGAAAUAAUGCAGUUGACCAGGUGCUAGAAUCCCUUAUAAAAGAUGGAAAGAAAAUAGUUAGACUUGGAAGCCAGUCAAAUAAUGAGCAUGUCAAAGACAGUUGUCUCCGUAACGCUGUUAAACUGAUAUAUACUAACCCAGUGUUUAGAGAUAAAAUUAAUGCAAUUAGGAAUCAAAUUGAAAACUUAAAAUCACAGAUAGUUGAAAUGCAGUCAGUUAUUGACAGCAUCAAUGACAAAAAAGCAGUGCUUAACAUUGAUUCUCUCAGUGAUAUAUUGACAACAACACAAAAACAAACUCUAACUGAAUCAAGUGUUUUUGAAGAAUGGUUAUUUGGAGGUAAUGAUGACUGUGAUAGCAGUGAAGCAUUAUUGGAUGGACUUUCAUUCGAUAAUUUAGAAUAUAACUCAUCAUUCAUGAUGAAUAUAACUGUUGAACAUGAAAGCUCAUUAUUCCUUCUGAGAAUUACUGACCUAAUAAAUGAACUUUGUGAUCUUAGGAUGAAAAUUGAUUUUAUUUAUUCUUAUAAAGAUGAUCUACAGUUGAAAGGGCCAGAUAUAUUACUAAAUGUAGUAGAAAUUUUACAAGAGUAUGGAGUAAAAGAAUUGUUUCUGAAGAAGGUGGUAAAUAGGAUUAAUUUAGAUAUUAACAAUUUUAUUGACGUAACUCAAUUAAAUCCUGAUAAUUUAUUUGAAUUGUCAAUACCUGAAAGAUGGAAGUUGUAUAAACAUUGGGCAGAUCUGUUUUGUAAACAGUGUUUGGAAAAAAUUGAAGGUUAUCUUCAUCAGAUUAACGAGAAGCAAAAUGAUUUAGAUGAAUUAAACAAUACUAGUGAUGGACACAAAGUUCUACAGUUGUGUCCUGAUGUAGUUGGGGCAACCACUGCUGGUGCAGCACGCACUCGCUCUCUUCUUGCAGUACUCAAGCCAAAAAUAGUUAUAUUUGAAGAAGCAGCAGAGGUUUUAGAAUCUCAUACUGUAGCAGCGUUAACACAAUGCUGUGAACACGUCAUAAUGAUAGGAGAUCAUCAACAAUUGCGACCAAAUCCUGCAAGUCAUAUUUCUGUACUAAAGUACAACUUAGAUAUCUCCCUAUUUGAGAGAAUGAUAAAUAAUGGAUUAGAAUAUUUUACAUUAAAUGAACAACACCGAAUGAGACCACUGAUUUCAUCUCUUGUCAUCCCACAGUUUUAUCCUAAAUUACAAAAUCACAAAAGUGUAGAAAACUAUCCAGACAUAAGAGGUCUGAGGGAUAAUAUGUUUUUUGUUGAUCAUAUCAUUCCUGAAGAUGAGUUGAUAGAUUCUGAUAGUCAUCGGAAUAAACAUGAAGCUCACUUUAUCCUUGCUUUAGCUGACUAUGUAUUGAAGCAAGGGUACAAUAAGGAAGACAUAACUAUCCUUACAUUGUAUGGAGCACAAUUUUUUUAUCUUCAGGAAGUGCGUUCAGAUUAUCCUUCAUUGAAAGAUGUAAGCAUGGAAGUAGUUGAUAACUUCCAAGGUCAAGAAAACAAGAUUAUACUUCUGUCAUUAGUUAGAAGUAAUCCUCAAACUAUCGGAUUCUUAUCUAAAAUGAACAGAAUAUGUGUUGCUCUCACCAGAGCAAGAGAAGGGUUUUAUCUAAUUGGUAAUAUGAAAACACUAAAAGACAACUCAUCUGUUUGGGAGGGUAUCAAUGAGACUCUUCAAAAAAAUAAAGUUAUAGGAAAUGAACUUCCUUUGAAAUGCAACACACAUGGAACGAUUACAAAUGUGCGGACAAGUGAUGAUUUUUUACCCUUAGUUUUUGGAGGUUGUACACUGAUUUGUGGUGCAAAAUUAGAAUGUGGCCAUGUUUGUGAAUUACAAUGUCAUAGUGCUGAUGAAGGCCAUUUAGGAAUUUACAGCUGCCAAAAACCUUGUGAACGCAAGGCUGAUUGUAACAUUCAUGAUUGUAAGGCUUUGUGUGGAGACCCAUGUCCUAAAUGUGAUGUUAACUUGGAAACUAUUUUGCCUUGUGGUCAUCCAGGUUCAAAGGAGUGCAGAGGAGAAUCUCUUCCCUGCAGCUCGAAUUGCACUGACAUGUUAAGUUGUGGACAUUCUUGUUCAAAAGAAUGUCAUUAUCCUAUGCCACAUCUUCCUGAUGAGGUAGUGUGCACCGAGAGCAGUUUAGAACGACUUUCAUGUGGACAUGAUAUGGAAGUUCCUUGUUCUGUUGGUACCAUUAAAGAAAUGAUCUGUAAGGAAAGUGUUGAAAAAUGUCUUCCAUGCGGCCAUUUCAUAACCAUUGCUUGUCAUUUAUCAUCUGAAGGAAAUAUUUUUUGUGAAAAAAUGGUUGAAAAAGAGUUGAAAUGUGAACAUGGUUUUCAAUUGGAAAAAUGUUCUACUCCCACCAAUGAUAUUGUUUGUAAGAAAGAGGUAAUCAAAACUAUUGAAGAAUGUGGUCACAAGAUGAAAGUAAUGUGCUAUACGAAGUCAAGCAAAACUUUAUGUGAUCAGGCCUGUGAAUUAAUAAAACAAUGUGGCCAUAAUUGCAGUGGUUUGUGUGGACGACCAUGUCCUAAAUGUCUAGAGAUGGUUGAAAUAGACCUAGUAUGUGGUCAUAAAGGCUUUUCUCCAUGUGCAGAUAUUGUAGAUAUGAAAACAUUGGAUAAAAAAAUGAACUUUGGUAGUUUAAACUGUGAAAAACUUUGCAAGUCUAUUUUGAAGUGUGGUCAUAAAUGUGAGGGAACUUGUGGCAAAUGUAUGCAAGGUUGCAUUCAUGAAGCUUGUAUUGUUACUUGUGGUGCAGUAUUACUAUGUGGCCACAUAUGUUCCAAUAAUUGCAGUUCGAGUAUUCAUUUAUGUGAUCAAAAAUGCUUAAAUAUUUGUAAACAUCAAACUUGUAAAAAUAAAUGUAGCCAGCCUUGUCAAAAAUGUGAGAAACAAUGUGAAUGGCAAUGUGAACAUUUUCGAUGUACCAAACUUUGUUGGGAAGAGUGUGAUAGACCUGUUUGUGAAGCCCCGUGCAAAAAACUAUUGCCAUGUGGUCAUAUUUGUAAUGGGUUUUGUGGUGAACCAUGCCCCUUAGUCUGUAUUGUAUGUACUCCUGGAAAUGAUAGAUCUAAAUCAAAUUAUAUAUUACUGGAAGACUGUGGUCAUAUUAUUUCAAAAAAUGAAUUUUCAACUUUGAUAUCAACUACCAUUGGACUGUUUAUUUGCCCAAGAUGCAAAAAACCUCAAACGUCUUCACAUUAUGUUAGAUAUUAUACAAAACAGUGGUUUUUUUUAUUCCCUAAAAUUCGAAGAAAACACUUGAACCAAUAUAAUAAUGUAGCAGAUUUAGUAUUAGACUUUAAAUCUUUACUAGGAAGAAUACACAAAAUAUUAAACUUCAGAUUUAACAACUUCGAAGAGCUCAAACUGCUGUUAAAUGGUAUAGUAAAAUCAAUAAAAACAAUAUUAUUAAAACAGAACAAUGGCACUAGUAUUGAAACUUUGAGAUCAUUACUCUUUGUUUCUUACUACAUCAGUGAAGCAUUUCAAUUGAUUCAGCAAACCAACCAAACAAAUGAUUUUGAUUAUCUUUCAAGGUUAAACUAUCUAGCAUCAUAUUUAAAGAAAUGGGAAACUGGUAUAAGCAGAGAUCAGAUGUAUCAGUUCAAAGAUGAACUCUUCAGAUUGAUGGUUAUUUGUAAACUCAACGAAAUUAAGGCAAAGAUAAUAAAUGGUGCUGAACCCAUCAAAAAGGUGUACCUCGAUGAAGCAUGGGAGUCAACUUGUGGAUUCGAAGAGUUUGAUGACAAGAAACAAAAGUAUGUUGUCUCUUUAAUAAAACAAAUUGAUUCAAAUUAUGAUAUAAAUUUAAAGUUUCUUUCAAAUGAAUUUUUAUCAAUUUUUGAGAAGUACUACUCUCUGACUCUUCAUAAAGAGAGUUGGAAAAAAUGUAACAAAAAUGGUUAUAUUUUUUACUCUCCCGAUAAGGCUCUAUCUGAAUCAAGAGGUCUUACUUGUAUAGAUAGUCAAAGGGAAUUAUCAUUUUAGUACUUUUUACUUAUGAAAAUUAUACACACCAAAGUGUACAUACAUAUCCAAACCCAUUCUGUAAAUUCUUAUAAGAAUAGAUUUUAUAUAAACAUUAAUAUAAGAGAGGAAAAAAAAACUCAAAAAGAAUAAUUGUAAGAAUUGAAACAUAAAUGUCUUAAUCUCCAAUAUAAUUGUGAACAGUAAACCCAACUGCUAUAAAUAUUAUAUAUAACCUGAAAUAAAAUUUUAUAAAACUUUGAAUUGGGAAAAAUUUCUGUUUUAAAAUAAUUUUAAACAAUAAUGUUUAUUAAUAUUUAAU